UCCCAAGCCUAACCUGUUUAACCUGCCCACACCUGGAGGACAUACGUGAGACAAAUGUGAGGACGACAAAGUGAUCUCGAGUCCAACAGGAAACAGACAGGAGRUUUUCAAGUUUUAUUUAUUUACGUUCCCCACAGUGGUACAGAAGGGAGCCAUGGAGGCGGACCGCACAGACGAGGACAUCGAGUCUCUCAUUAAGAACAUGGACUACAUCCCCGGCCACUUCCACCUGGAGCUCAAUCUGAACGGGGAACCUGCUGAACCUGCGAMGCUGCGACACCGAGACACUCGCCUGAAGCAGGAGAGUCUGCAAGCUGAGCUGGAGGUUGAAGUUGGGUAUCUACAAUACGCGGUCCGAAACCUCCUGGGCCUGCUGGCGUUUCACCUCGAGCAGCUGGACAAAGCUGAGGAAAUAUUCAGGAGCAUUUGUAAAGAAGACCCGGGGAACCUCAACGCCUGGGCCAAUCUGGGUUAUGUGUACGACUUCCAGGGGAGAGAGCUGGAAGCGGGGGAAUGUGUGGACAAAGUGUCCCAGCUCAUGGGCAUCGGAGCCGGAGAGGCGUCCCAGGAGCAGACCAGGCUCCUGGCCGCACGCUGCCUGGCCGAGCAGGCUUACGUUUACCCUUACGACGUGGAGCUGGACAGCGACGACCACUUGAGGGAGAGGCUGAUGUCGGCGCUGAUGUUUUACAACCGAGCUCUGCAUUACGGAGGUCACCUGGUAUCAACUGAAGAAAAAAGAAGCUGGUAUUUUAAAAUGGCAACCAUUUAUGCAAGACUGGACCACAUCAUAAAGACUAAAGAGGAUUCAGAAUACUCCAGACUCUUUCACUAUAAUAAGGGACUUCAGCUCCUAAAAGAAGCUCUGGAUUCUGAAACAAAACAGCACAAAGCUCUGUCCUGGUGUUAUGUUGGCAUCAUGUUGGAAAGGAAAGGCGAGUUUUCUUCUGUACCAAUGUCCAUUCAYGACUGCGGCUUCUCUGCUUCUGAUCCUCUGUCUUGCUAUGCAACUGCCAUAAAUGUUGCCAGUGAUGAUGCCAUCAUUCUGAACCUUCUUGCCAAARUCUUCUUCCUGCUGGGCAAGCACGACAUGGCCACAGGUAUCUGCAACAUGGCUCUGGACGUUCUGCCAGAUCCGGAGCUCAACUGGCAGGCUUACUGCACUCGAGCCAAGAUCAAUAUGAUCCUGUAYGCCAGGGAUCUUGACAAAGCAAAACAUGGAAAAGGAGGAGUCCCAGACAGGCAGAUGCUAAGUGAGGCGAGAAAAGACUUGGACAAGGUGCUAAGUGUGCGUCCAUGUCUGAGGAUUCAUCUGGAGAUGGCCCAGGUAUACUACUACAUGGGCGUAGAUGCUCUUAGGGAGAGYCUUUUGGUGGACGAGAGUUCAAUAAACAGUGCUUUGGUGAGUUUGUCUCACGCCCUCCAGUUUGAGCUGGGUGACAGCUUAUGGGACCUCCAUGUGCUCAGAGGGCGCUGCCUCCUGCUGAAAGGUGAAGAGCACAACGCUGCAGACUGUUUCAAGAAGGCCAUGGACUUGGAGAGACCRGGGACCACAGACACCACAGCCCUGCGCUGCCUCUUACAGACGCUCCUGGCUCUGUUCAUGCUGGAUGGUAACGAGUCGGGUCCUGCCAUCACCCAGCUGGAACUGUGGGURAACAAGGCAGAGCAGCGUUACCCACAGGACAGUUUGGACUCUGAGCUGAAAUGCUUGUACAGAACACACACCGAGGAGGUCACAGAGUUAUCAAAGAMCCUGAUCAGGACAGGACGUCUGGGCCUCGUAAAGAGGCUACUGGGGGCCGUGGUGCCCAAACAGUUCAGUAAGAAAAAGGCYCUAGCAAGGUCCUUUUCAUGUUUAUGAAGCAACAAAAUGAAAGAUGACCACAACACACACACACCAUAAAGUGAUCAAGCAAAGACUUGGCAUCAAAUGUGAAAGAAAAUAUCACCAUAGUGAAAGAAAAUAUUGUUAAGCUGGUUYGUUUACCAUGUUAUGUGCUUGAACCAUAUGGAGAAUGUACCAAUGCAUGGAAAUGAAUAGUAGGUUUGGUCUCCAUGCUGUCARUCAUGGUCGGCUCCAUAUGGGUAGUGAAGUGGUGGCAGUGGCACGGGUCCCUCCUGCUGUGUCAUCUGGUAGACCAUGGCUGGAUGUUGUUCUGAGCUAGUCCUAGUUGCCUGAACAGAGYGUCGAAGAUAAAAAUAAGUUUUCUCCAUGGCCUCCCCCUUAACUCGAAGCAACUACGCAACACGGUCCAUGUAAUUCUUAUGAGGAAUAAGCAAAUUAAGUUCGCUCAACUCAGAUUUUCGGUGCCUGGACCGCGUUGAAUAGGCACUCCCAAACAAGGCAAACCGCCCCUGGAGCUAGGCCUCUCCAUCGGCACAGGACCAGUCAGUGAAGUCUCUCGGUCACCCAGAUCAAGCUCUCAUAAAUGGAACGUCGGGGUCACCAUCCUGAAAGAAAGUAUUGUUAGGCGUGUUUGUUUACCAURUUAUGUGCUUGAACCAUACGGAGAAUGUACCAAUGCAUGGAAAUGAAUAGUAAAGAGAGCCUACAACACCCCAA